AUGGCAGACACGCCCGACAUAGGAGAUAUCGCCAACUUUGAUAAGGCCAAGCUAAAGAAAACCAAGAUGCAGGAGAAUACUCUGCCGACCAAAGAGACCAUUGAACAAGAAAAGAGGAGUGAGAUUUCCUAA